AUGAUGCGUAUGUUGUACUUACAAAGACAGUUCCUCAGUUCAAGAAACCCAGCACAUAUAAUCCAAUGCCGUUUAAAUACAAUUCCAAUGGUGGGUUGCCCUGUUGUACCGCUUCUCGAAGGAGAAAAUAUAUGUCUGACAAAUUCUGAAUUUCUAUGGUUUGUUGGACAGUCUAAAAAAUGGCCAGAUAAACCGUGUCACAAAGGCUUCUUAUUCAUACCAACUGAAGAUCAUGUUGGUUUAUCAAUUCAGUUGAAAGUUCGUGUACGUGACAUUAAAGGUAUGGCCGGUGUCCCAUUCGGAACAAACAAAUUUUUUGAUCCUUAUGGACAACCGAUUGAAUGCAAAUCGCCUGUACUUAUAGCUCCUAAUCAAGUAUUUCAUCAACAGAGGUAUAAGUGGAUUGAAAACAAUCAAUUAGAUUCACAACAUUUACGUGUUGUAAGUUACAAUAUUCUGGCCGAAAUGUAUGCUCGAUCUGAUUUUGCUCGUGCCCAUAUAUUCAAACAUUGCCCAGAGGCUUGUAUCAGUUCAGCCUACCGAUUACCGUUGAUUUUACGUGAACUGUUUUCUUAUCAGUCGGAUUUUAUCUGCCUUCAAGAAGUCGAUCGAUGGGUUUACGACAAAUACCUUCUAAAUGCUUUAAGAUCCCAUCGAAAUAUGGACGGCAUAUUCUUAGCCAAAAGAGCAGUCAUAACUGAUCCGAAUGAUCCGGCUAAAGUUAAAGUUGACACAGAAAAAGAAAAGGGUGAAGGUUGUGCAAUCUUCUAUCGUCGUGCUCGGUUUGAACUUGUGUCGAAAUGCGGCCUACCAUCGAUACUUCAUUAUGCAUCAACCGUUCCAUUUUUAUCAACUAUGUUAAACAAUUUCAAUUCCACAACCUUAAGCUGUAGCUCAACGGGCCAUUCAUUUAGUGAAGAGAAUACCGAAACCCAUAUUCAAAAGUCAUUAUCGCAGUGUCUGAUCAGUGGGAUAUUUCGAGAGAAGUCGACCACAUCACAAUCUCCUUUACUGAUUGUUUCUAAUGCCCACUUCUAUUUUCAUCCUUCAGCUAGUCCGAUUCGAAUAAUUCAAGCGCGUACAGUUCAUUACUACUUAUCAAAACUUGCUAUGGAUUACAGACAGUCGGAUAAUAAACCAAUUCCAAUUGUUUUUUGUGGGGAUAUUAAUCAGUGUCCAGGUAGUGAUGUGUAUACCGCUCUCACUCAAGGUGAUGGAUGCCCAUCUGGUGAGGAGGUUGCUUAUCAGCCUAUAUUUGAAUCAGCUUAUGUAAAUAAUCCACCUGAAUUUACUAACUGGGUGCCUGGAUUUCACAAUGUUUUGGACGUUAUAUUGUAUAAUACAGACUCAGAUUUAAAAUGUAUUCAUGUGUUGCCGAUUGAUCCACUGGAGAAAAUCCAAGAGUUGUUGAUUCAGUUAAUCAAUGAGAAUGGUCAAAUUGUGCAAGAUUCUAGCGAAUUGGGUCUCCCAAACGCCUACUUCCCAAGUGAUCAUAUCGCACUUGUAGCUGAUUUUUCAUGGGACUCUUUAGAACAUACAAGUGAAUAG